UUAGUGAUUCCAGUUUCAGCUACUAUUGUGACUGAAUCUUCAUCUGUUGGUUACAACUCAUCUACUCCAAUUGACUUGAUCAGUGAUUCAGUUUCAGCUACUAUUGCUACCGAAUCAUCCUCCAUUGGUUACAAUUCUUCUACUCCAAGUGACUUGAUCAGUGAUUCAGUUUCAGCUACUAUUGUUACCGAAUCAGCCUCCAUUGGUUACAACUCAUCUACUCCAAGUGACUUGAUCAGUGAUUCAGUUUCAGCUACUAUUGUUACUGAAUCCUCAUCUGUUGGUUACAACUCAUCCACUCCAAUUGACUUGAUCAGUGAUUCAGUUUCAGCUACUAUUGUUACCGAAUCAGCCUCCAUUGGUUACAACUCAUCUACUCCAAGUGACUUGAUCAGUGAUUCAGGUUCAGCUACUAUUGUUACUGAAUCCUCAUCUGUUGGUUACAACUCUUCUACUCUAAGUGAUUUGAUUAGUGAUUCAGUUUCAGCUACUAUUGUUACCGAAUCAGCCUCCAUUGGUUACAACUCAUCUACUCCAAGUGACUUGAUCAGUGAUUCAGUUUCAGCUACUAUUGUUACUGAAUCCUCAUCUGUUGGUUACAACUCAUCCACUCCAAUUGACUUGAUCAGUGAUUCAGUUUCAGCUACUAUUGUUACCGAAUCAGCCUCCAUUGGUUACAACUCAUCUACUCCAAGUGACUUGAUCAGUGAUUCAGGUUCAGCUACUAUUGUUACUGAA